CUGUCGUCUUAGUUCCUUCUUACUGUCUGUAAUAAUAAGGCAGUCUUUGCAUUGUUUUCUUCAUUGAGAAUAAUCAUAUCUAAAGCACUAAUUAUUGAACAUAAUCUAAAAGAGGAAAUCUCCAGUACUGAUCACUCUCAGAGUGGGCACUGAAAAUAUGUAGGUUCUUCCCUAAGAGAAAAGAUACUCAUCUCUCAGCUUUCCCCUCCUUGGUUAGUGUAAUGGAACUUGGGCCUCUUCUGAGCGAUAGAGUGGGAGAAGACCGGUGAGUUAUAGUAAGUGUUCUUCACAGUAUGCUCCCUAAUAUUUUAGACUAAUAGACUAACAUGACUAACCACUCUGACAUGUAAAAGAUGCAUAACUCCAUCUCGGAGCAAGUGAAUGUUCCUGAGAAGAACAAAACCUUGACAGAGUAAGCAGUACAGUUUGAAAGCUGUUUAUCUUUGUGCAACUAUUCAACCAUCUUAGGCGCUCCAGAGUUUCAUGUCCCUUACUUUGCGAUGCAAGUACAACUUUGGUGAGUUCCUAAAGAAUCGAUAUUACUCUGGAAGAUUAGAUAUUGACCACAACAAUGAAACACUUUCAAUAAUAGUCCAGCCUGGAGAGGGAGACAAGGCUGCUUUGCAUGACACAAGAUCUCUAUCAGGAGGUGAACGUUCCUUCUCAACAGUUUGUUUCAUUCUUUCAGUGUGGUCCAUUACUGAAUCUCCUUUCAGAUGCUUGGAUGAAUUUGAUGUCUACAUGGACAUGGUUAAUAGACGAAUUUCAAUGGACAUGAUGCUUAAGGUGGCAGACUCUCAGCAUUAUCGACAGUUCAUUUUUCUUACUCCACAAACCAUGAGUGCUGUACCUCCAAGUCGUCUUAUUAGAAUCCUCCAACUGGAGGACCCUGAAAGAAGCCAAAACCCGAGUUACCAAAAUGGACAUCAAGAAGAAGACUGAAAUAAAAGCACUAUGGUACCUUAAUUUUCCACGGUUUUGUGAUAUUUUAUACUAUAUGUAUAAUUAUGUCUAUAAUAAUAUUUACUUAUUAUUGUUCAUUAAGAGGAAAAUGUAAUCAGAUGAUAUGCCUGACAAAGGAAGAUGUUCCUUUUAGAUUUUCUGCAAAAGUACAUGUUUGUACAAACCUCAAAUGUAAAUACAGCACAAAAUUUUUAAAAAAUUAAGUUUCUGUUAGAAAAACUAAAACAUUAAUUUUGACUGCCUUUUUAAUUGUCAACUA